AUGAUACUAGAAACUGGAAUAUUUGCAAAAUUUAUGUACAUUACAAUUGUGGUUGCAACUUACUGGUAAGUUUUCUUCAUCUGUUUUUCAAUGAAAUAUGUUAUCUGACUUUUAUCUUGCAAUGAAAAAAUAAAAUUAUUUAAUUUCUAUUGGUAAAUAAAAUAUAUAUAUGUAUAAAAGUAAUUGAACUCUUUUACAGGAUAAUUUCUAUAUUUACUGUAUUUAUAAAUAAAGUUCUUCUAUCCAGUAAUACUAUAAAUUUGGACGCACCUCUUUUUAUAACAUGGUGCCAAUGUGUAAUAUCCUUGAUCAUAUGCAUAAUUCUUAGCAAUUUGUCAAAGUGGUUCCCAAAAUAUAUUAAAUUCCCUUGUGGUAAUCCAUAUACCAAAGAAACACUUAGAAAGGUAUUGCCACUGUCUCUUCUAUUUACUGGAACAAUUGCGACAAACAAUUUAUGUUUAAAAUAUGUUGAUGUUGCAUUUUAUUACAUAGGACGUUCAUUAACAACUGUAUUUAAUGUUAUUUUCACGUAUCUCAUGCUAGGUCAAAAGACUUCUAUAAAUUGUAUUGCAUGUUGUGCAUUUAUUGUGAUUGGAUUUUGGCUUGGUGUAGAUCAAGAACAUAUUGCUGGUUCUUUGUCUAUUCUAGGAACAAUUUUUGGUGUACUAGGAUCAUUAACUCUCUCACUAUAUUCCAUUCAUAUGAAACAAGUCCUUCCUAAAUUAGACCAAGAUAUUUGGUUACUUUCUUAUUGUAACAAUGCAUAUAGUGUCAUUAUAUUUCUUCCAUUGAUGUUAGCUAAUGGAGAAUAUGUUACAGUGUACAAUUAUGAUAAAAUUGGGUCUUCAUAUUUUUGGUUUGCUAUGAUUCUUGGUGGUAUUUGCGGUUUUGCUAUUGGUUUUGCUACAGCACUUCAGAUAAAAGUAACGUCUCCUUUAACACACAAUAUUAGUGGAACUGCUAAAGCCUGUGCACAAACAGUUUUAGCAACUUAUUGGUUCAAUGAAAAGAAAUCAUACUUGUGGUGGAUAAGUAACUUUGUUGUGCUUGGUGCUAGUGCAAUGUAUGCUAGAUUAAGACAGCUUGAUUUAAGUAAGAAAUACAAAGAAGAAAAACAGCAAUCACAAGUAUAAAAAGAUGUGAAUAAUUUACUCAAAUUAAAGUAUAUAAUAUAGAUUAAAUUUUAUUGUAUAAAUUUUAUAUAAAAAUGAUUAAAAAAAUAAAAUUAUUUUUAUAAAACAGUAUAAAUUACUUUUUAUUUUGUUUGUUCUUUGUAAUAAAUAUCUAAUUUUAAUUAGAAUUUUAAAAAUUCAUGAAAGAUCUUAUUUUAUCAUCAAUGUAUAUUUUCACAUCAAGCAAUUUUUGUAGAAACAUUUUUUUGAUAACAUGAAGUCGUUGUAAGAUAUUCCACUAUACUUAAAUAUAAUAUUUUGUAUACAUAAAUAUAAAAAAUAUAAAAUAUAAUUUUGUAUAUAUUAAUAUAAAAAAUAUUAAAGAUAUAUUUAAUAAAAAUAAAAUAAAAAUGAAUAAUUUAAAAUCUUGAUGCAAGGCCACCUCCACGACUAUCUGAAUGGCUUGACAUUAAAUCUUUUCUUUUUAUAAUGAUAUUCACGCUUUUUAAUAUUGAAUCAGUUUCCAAAUGUGGUGUUGGUACAAUUAAGUUUAAUUGACUUCGUAUUACUGCAUCUAUAGAAUGUUUUGGAUCAUUUUCUAUGACAAAUCCAUUUGACGAAAAAUAAUACCUAAAAUAUAAAUUGUGUUAAAAAAAAUGUUUCCAAAUAUUUCCAAAUUUUAUAUUUUUUUAUAAAAGGUAAAAUCUAUUUUUUACCUUGGAUGUUCAAUAGCUUCAGAAACGUUUAAUUGGCGUAUUAUAAUGUUGUAUAAUAAUUGUCCAAUAAUUAAUAUAUCAUCAGUUCCAAACACUCCUCUUAAUCCACAUAAUGCUUUUUCAUUAUGAAAAAUUAUUGGAACAAGUGUGGAUAAGGUAUUGUUAGUAACAGCUUUAUCCAGUAAAAAACCAGCACUUGACAUGUGUCCAAGACCAAAUGGUGUACUAAGUCCACUAUAA